AAACGCAUUUUCAUUCCAUCCUUGAACCAGCUGUCAGUCACAACUGGCAAGGAGGUGGGGCUAAAACUUUCUAACUAAAACAAAAUUUUCCGUGCUCGCCAUCCAACCAGCUUACGCUAAAAUUAAAUAGUUCAAUACAUCAAUUACCGAUUAGAAAAAAGCCAAAAAAAUAUUAAUACAACAACAUACGGAAAGGAUGUAUUAGAAUUCGAGUUUGAAAAAACCGGAAUAAAAGGAUUUAGGGAGUGGAUGAGGAAAAGGAGACGGAGGAGUUGCCCCAGCUUAGUCACAGUGAAAUAUGCUUCUGAUGGACGCCCUACUCAAUAGUCUGCUGGUGGUGAGCUCCGGCUAUGCCUUGUACACCCUUCGUCCUUCGGAAACACCUUAUGGCUAUGCCGCCGCCGCCCUCAGCCUGGUCCACGGUCUGCUGGGCGUGGCUCGGGCCGCCAGCAACAACGAUGACGAGUGCAAGCGUUUGCGAUUAAUCACAUCCGGUAUUAUGGAGAUCGUUCCGCUUCCGCUGACCAAUAUCGAAUUGUAUCUGAGAUCGACCAAUCCGAGCCUGGCGCUGGCUCAUGGAUGUUUCGUGGUCCCUCUGGUCUACGAUCUGAUGGCCAAAAUGGGCGACAACGAGGACACCUCCACCGAGACACUCAAGGAGCUGACCCUGCUGGGCAAUGUCGUGUCCAUGCUCUUCCUGGGCGUCAACCAGUCGAGCAACAUGUACGGCGGCAUGGCGGCCAUCGCCUUCGCGGCCCGUUACGGCUCCCUCGUCCUUGACAACUACUGGGGGGGCCUCGGCUCCGACUUCAAUCUCCUGGCCCACUCCAUGUUCAUUGUCCUGAUGACGAUGACCCUGUCGCCCAAAUAGUUGCACAGUUUUUAAAUAAUAAAAUAUUUUAAAAGCG